AUGGAUAGGUCUUCCGUACCUUCUGCCGCUGUACAGGGACUCAGGCCAAGGAGAGCCGGCUCGAAGGACUACGCUACCGCACUGCCGGAAACCAACGAAACAGGUCAAGCCGAAAGAGAUAUGUCGUCACUAGCAGUCAUGUGCAACACAUUGGAUGGUUCGACUGCACAACAGACAGCUGCUAUGGGAAUGAGUCGUCUCCCAAGCACAGGCGGUCGACGAAGCAGCCUUUUUGAAAUAGGACAGAUCGCCGACAUACCUGUCGCCGAUGAAUACGUAGGAAGGAGCAAGGAUUUUAGCGCUACCAACGAAAUUGUAAGAUCCGGCUCGUGGCCAGACAUGGGCUCUGAAGAUCUCGAAAACAUGUUCGACUGCACCCUCAAUUUUAGGAACAUAGGAACGACGCUAGAACCUAAGGAACAGAGGUACAAUAGCAUACAACUUUCAAGCAGAUGCGUAGAUGCAUCAAUACGCACAUGUAGUAGACAGACUGUAGGAAGUUCACCUAGGCAACAUGCAAUAGUGUCCGUGAGAGUGCAUUCAUCCAGAAGUAAAAAGGGGUCGCAAUGGAUGCAUCUCAUCAGGGAACUGCGAUUCAAGAGGUGGACACAAAUACUUACAGAAACACUGAGGCAGGAAGCGUACGAUGCCGCAUUUAACAAGGUAACAGAAAAACCAAACGACAAUGUAGCUAGGCAUGCGUGUACCAUUGUAGGAAUAGUAUGCGACACGCCUAACACCAAAAGGCUCGACAAACGCUUUGAUGCAUCUGUGAGACCACAAAAUAUAGCAAAACAGUACGCUCGAUUCAGACCGAGGUCCGUUGCCCAUGACAAAGCACAGAGGUCGCAACCGUAUUUAAGAACUGGAUCAAACGAAUUCGCACCGUCAGCUAUCGUAAGAAGAGGACACAGGGAUGACGUGGAUGCUAUCAACUAUGUACUCAUUCGUAUGAGGGAGACUGGUGGGACUGUACAAGUAUACGACUGCGUGGAAAAGGACACGGGUCGCGCCCUCAGCCUCAAACUAAUAGCACGGGAUCAUGCAGCCACAGAAAUAUAUGAACAGUUGUGUGACAAUGAGCACGCAAACUUUGUUCGUGUCGUUCAAAUAUUAGAAGAUAACCAAUUAUUCUAUAUUCUCAUGGAUUUCAAGGAUGCGGUAUACCUUAGCGAAUUCUACCAAGAUUGCCACCCCAAUACAUUCAAAGCGCCACUCAUCGCGAGCAUAGUGAAACAGCUACUCGCGGCAUUGGCUUACAUUCAUAGGAAGGGCAUGGUACUGGCAGGACUUAACAUGGACUGUAUCGCAAUACAAAAGAUGCGGGACGGUAAAGUGUUAGCCAAGAUAUCAAACAUUGACAAUAUUUGCACAAGCGGGUGUGAAGCGCCAGAGGAUUUGAGAACCAGUAUAUUCCAAGCUCCCGAAAUAGGUGAAGGUAUUAUCACAACAGCCGCCGAUAUGUGGAGCAUUGGUGUAAUGCUGUACAUGCUAGUAGAAGGAAAGCCGCCUUUCAAAAGCUUUAACACAAAUUAUUACGUCGAACUCAAGGCUAUAAUCCAAGCAACAAGGCUGUCCUUCGCGUCACAGCGCUGGAACGACUCCCCCGGUAUGAAAGAUUUUUGUAUUAGGUGCCUAAACGGGGACUACGAAAAACGUAUCUCAUCAGCCAUGGAGGCAUUUAUCCACCAGUGGAUCAGCGAAUAA